AUGAUUCCUACUAUUCCUAAGCCGACGUUUAUGACGUCUAUCUCCAUGCCGAAGUCGCUGAAGCCACUGCGACCCCGACCCGUGUCUCAGCUCAAGACUCCUAAGCAUUCCAAAAACCUCCGCGUAGCUCUCUCUGUGGAAUCUAUUCUGCAGCAAUGCGGUACUAAGAAUGCGCAUACUCUUCACUCUAUGCAACGGACUGCGGCAGUGAACCGCGCUAGUUCCCGCGCUCUUCUGCCAGCUACUGCUUUGGGCGUAGCUGCUCUGAGUGUAGCCACUGCCCUUUGCUAUAUGCGUCUCUGUGGACCUGUUCACGCAGAAGGUGGCGCUACUUCAUCAGCGUAUAUGACAGCGGCGAUGAACUCGUCGUCUAUCAUUGGUAUGGCUCGACAACAGCAGCACACUGCUGAUGAGCUUCUUAUGGUGAAGAGCGUUGCCCAGAUUGGAUCGCUCUAA